CUCUCUAGCCUUCUGGUCCGGUCUCGAAUAGGCCGGGAAGGGACAGAGGAAGGACAGCGCAACACACCAGCCAUGGAGGCGAGCAGCAGCCGGAGCCAGAGCGGGAGCGGGAGCGCCAACCUGAAGCGCCGCAGGGGCGUCAGUGCCAGCGCAGGCUCCGGUUCGAUGGCACAGUCGCUGAACGACGACAUCCUCCGCUCCGCCUUCUCCCGCCUGGACGACCACUUCGAUCUUGCCCGCUGCUCCGCCGUCUGCAACUCAUGGUCCGGCGCUCCCCCGCACACCUCACAUCUCUCCCCCUUUUCCCCUCAAUUAUUCUACUGCUUGCUCGAAUUAGCAGCCGAUUAUGCGUGUGAGGUUGCACUUUAUAUUGUAGGUUUGACUAGCUCCCAGCUUUGCAUAUGGAGACGCAGUGAACCAAGAAGCAUAUUUCAAUCUGGUGGAGCCUCAUUCAAUCAUGGGUUAUGCAUGAGUUACGCUGAUCCAGAGGUUGUAAUUGGUUGUGAGGAUGGUCGAGCCUUUGUAUAUGAUAUGUACAGCAGGAGUUGCUCAAGCAUUUAUCAGCUUCACUCUUCUCCUGUGACAUGCUUGACAAUAACAGAUGACCAGCUGAUUGUUGGUGGUUCUACAUUUGGAAAUGUAGCUAUUGCAGAUCAAACCUCAGGGCAGAAGUUAGGUGUUCUGAAGUCAGCUUUUGCACCACUAGGAAAGCAUUCGACAUUUCGACUAAUUGCCAACCAUAAGCAUGGUCAACUUCCAUUUGUUGAUGACCGACUCGUCCUCGAGCUGCUAAUUGGGGAAAACUCCGCAUGCUGCAAGGUGGGGGCCAUGGUUGAAGCCCAAGGAAGCCCUAUGUUGAAGAGCGAGUUCUGCUCCCAUGCGGCUCCCUGGCGUGACGAGGCAGUGCCGGAGAUGGUUGAUGAACUCCAUUCGCCUUGCUUUGAUGUUGACGUCGGUGGCCUUGAGUCAAAGGAGACGAUGGUUGUCGGCGGUGAAGCAGCUGAAGAUGCGUUGAUGAUCGACAGUGUGGUGGCAGGUGGUGGGAUGAAGAAAGCAUCCAUCGAGGCGGCACAGUUACCAUGCUGCAGAUCAUCCUUGUUGGUACAGGCAUCUGAGGCUGGCGGAUCCACCACCAUUCGAAGUAUGGUGGUGGAUGCGGACCGCCCAGCAGAAUCCACAUCUAGAUCGAGGCAGCAAAUUGAGAAGAAACGUGUUCGCCAGGUUGCCCCAGAUGCCCGGCUGGAUAACAUCCCUAGACGCUUGCGCCCUCAGAUCACCAGCCUGUCGCUUGGCAUGAAGAAAAUUGUGACCACACAUGGCGAAAACUACAUCAGGGUCUGGAAGUUUCGCCCGAAAAGUCUGUAAAACGGUCGCGCUAAGUUUAAGCUAGUUAUCUUUUUAUUAUUAUUAUUAUUUGCAAAAGGUGUAAGCUAGUUAUCUGGAAGCCCACUGUUUGUAACCCCGCAAAAAAAUAAGAUGGUGUGGCACAUGUAUCCUGUAAUAAUAUCCUGAAAACAUAGCUUGAUGUGAUGUUCCUCUUAAGGUGUCUGAAUCAGCAAGAUUACGGUCUAUGGAUCAAGAUUUACUUUGAUAUCGUUGUAGAAAAGACGUUUGUAAUUGGUUAAGUACCUGGCUUUAUCAUAAUUGAACAACAUAU